CUUAAACACUCAAACAAAACCUUAAAGAAUUAUCUACAAAACGAAAAAAACAAAAUAAAAAUUCAUAAAGUAAAAAAAAAGUUACGAUAAAAUCAAUCGAAGCAAAAAGCACACCAACACAACAAUACACAAAAGCACCUAUCCACAUCCAUUAACCUCCUCAUCCUUACAUUCGUAAUCCUUAAUUAUAAACCGUCGAUAGAUUUAAAUCUAACGGUUGAAAUUCAAACCUGAGUUGAUACACCGAUCCGAGUACUCAUCAUUUUAACCAAUCAGAGAAGAGAUUACAAACUCUGUCUCAUAACACAUCUGACUAUAUAUAUAAACAUCAUUCCCGUAGUUGUCGUCGUCCUCAACACACAAUUCUCCGACGACACAUUACAGUUUCUUCCGAUCAAAUCAAGAGAUCAGUUUAAAGAGAGAAAAUAUGUCAACAGAAGAAGAAAACGUUCCAACGACUGUUGAAUCAGGAGCUGCUGAUACAACGGUGAAAGCUCCGGAGAAGAAACCGGCGGCGAAAGGUGGUAAAUCUAAGAAAACGACGACGAAGAAGCCUGUUAAAGCUGCUGCUCCAACGAAGAAGAAAACUUCUUCUUCUCACCCUCCCUAUGAAGAGAUGAUUAAGGACGCUAUAGUAACGUUGAAGGAGAGAACUGGAUCUAGUCAAUACGCGAUUCAGAAAUUCAUAGAGGAGAAACAUAAAUCUCUUCCUCCCAAUUUUAGGAAGAUUUUACUUGUGAAUCUCAAGAGACUUGUUGCUUCUGAGAAAUUGGUUAAAGUCAAAGCUUCUUUCAAGAUUCCUUCUGCUAAAUCCGCUACUACACCUAAACCGGCUCCGGUUAAUAAGAAGGCAACUGUAGUAGCUAAACCUAAGGGUAAGGUUGCUGCUCCUGUAAAAGCUAAAGCGGCGGCUAAAGGAACUAAGACUAAAGCUGUUGCUAAGCCUAAGGUUACUACUGCUAAACCUAAGGCUAAGGUUACUACUGCUAAACCUAAGUCUAAGUCUGUUGCUGCUGUUUCAAAGACUAAAGCUGUUGCUGCUAAGCCUAAGGCUAAGGAGAGACCAGCUAAAGCUUCUAGGACUUCGACUAGAACAUCUCCUGGGAAAAAGGUUGCUGCUCCUGUUAAGAAAGCGGUUGCUGUGACGAAGAAGGCGCCGGCUAAGAGUGUGAAGGCGAAGUCUCCGGCGAAGAGAGCUUCGACUAGGAAGACGAAGAAGUGAGGAAGAUGGGUUUAGGAUAGGUUUGGGGGGGAGAUUGAAUACAUGGUGGUGGUUAGCUUCUAUAGGGUAGUCUUGUAUAAUUGAAUCAUCCUUGAAGGAGCUUGCUUUCCAAAGUUUUUUUCUUUUUACUUUCUUGUUUCUUGGUUUCUUGUUGAAACUCUUUUUUUUUUGUCUUGUAAUUUUUGGUUUGUUUGAAUUUUAAGCUUUUAAUCAAUAGCUAUAAUGUGAUGGUAUUGGUCUCUUCACU